AUGACCAUCACGGACGUGGGCGUGGUCGUAGCAACAUGUCACAAUGCUUUGGUGUUGUCGGCUAGCAGUUCGGGAAAUCAGACUUAUUUGCCACUUUGGGGUUCCGAAGGUGCUACACAGCUAUCUUAUCAGAUGACUAUAUUGCAUCUUGAGGCAGGAAGUCACUUUGUGUAUGUGAAGAUGACUGACAAUUGUCCACUUCCUCCAUUUAACUUGCAGUGGCGGAGGUACACCAAUGAUAGUGUUGCAUAUUUGACAGAGGCGCUGCGAGGUAGACGUCAAGCGUGGGAUAUUCUAAAUAAUGUUUGA